AUGUUGUGGUGGUCUAGGGAUGGGACCAGCAUUUGCUACACAACUAUCGACAACUCGGGUGUGGGGGACAACACCAUCGCCUACUACGGCAGUCUCAACAACGAAAGCGAUAGCAAUUCACUCAAAUAUGUUAGAUAUAAAUACCCUAAAGAGAAAUAUGUGGAGACAUUCAUAACGUACGGACACUACGACGUGACAAAACUGUUAUUUGUCGGAAAAUCAAUUAUAUAUUUCACAGCAAAACAAUCGAUAGUCGGUGUCGAGAGGCAACACAUCUAUAGGGUUGACAUACAGACCGACGGCGCCGUCCAAUGCAUUACUUGUCACUUGAAUUUCACGGAAUGUCAGUACUUUGAGGCCGUCUUCAGCCUAACCGCCGAUUACUAUAUCCUUGAGUGUCUGGGCCCAGACGUACCCAAAGUGUAUUUACUUAAAUCAGACCAACACAAUAGCCAGAUUUAUAUCAAACUCUUAUUACCCAAUGGUUUCGACGACGAAGUGGUCGACAAAUAUCCGCUUAUAAUUGAAGCAAAUAAUCCGGAGACCGGAGUCUUAAGCGACAGAUUCUCGAUAGGAUGGGCCCAUUAUCUCGUGUCAAAGCAUCAGUACAUUUAUGGAUGGGUUGAAAGAGAUAAUGAAGACGUGAGACACAAAGAGACCAAAAGGAAUUACGAUGUCGUCAACGAUAAUAUCGAUAAAUACGGAAUUGCUAUCAAUUAUAUUAAAGACAACAAACGCUUCAUAAACCCCAAGAAGGUCUGCAUUUGGGGCCAAAGUGUGGCCGCGUUUGUGGCCGUCUCCACACUCGCCACCAAUGAGGGGCUUAUGUGUGCCGUAUUGGUGUCCCCGGUCAUCAACUGGAGAUUAAUGGAUGCGGUCACUUAUGAGCACAUGUUUAAUACGGGUGACUCGUAUGACACGUACGCCUUGUUUGAUGGCUUCAAUUUCAUCAAUAAGAUCCGAAAACUAGUCGCCAAACACUUGUUAAUAAUUCACGGCUCGGCUGACGGUAACUAUAUAUUAUAA